GAUGAUACAACGUGUACAUCUCUUACAGGUUCUAGUUUCUCCCUUGAUGUCACAUGGGCUUCUGAGAUCUACUUCACUUGGUUGAGGAUUAUAGUCGGCAAUGGUGGUAAUUGAAUUUAUUUUUAUACCUUCGAUUAAUUUUUAAGUUCUCAUUAUCUUGCUUAUUAUUUAUUGAGUUACUUAUUUUAAUGUUUUUAAUUGUAUAUUUUCAUGGACAAUAAAGUCACUUAUAAUAAAUUAUUUUUUCUGUCCUGCAUGUUUAGAAUUACAAACAGAAAGUAUUUCAAUAAAGUUUCCCGAUGACGUCACAACACAAAAUGUGAAAUGUAAAAAUGUCUUUGUGGACAAAAUAACAAUGGACAUUUAUUGCAACAAUUCAAAACCUAUACAAGGAAUUGUCUUGAAUGGAUCGUCAGUUAACACAUUAUGUUCACUUUAUAUCAGCAAAGGUAACAUUUUAUAAUAAAGCAUAAUUUUAAAUAAUUAAUCCAUCACUGUAGCGCUCGAUGGAAUCAUCCUCAACAAAUUUUAAAUAAUUAGUAAAUAUUUUUUUUUUCUUUAAAUAUAAAAGUGCAUUUUUUACAUGAAAAUGAAUGGUAUUUAAUAACCGAGACAAAUAAUAACUAAUAAUAAAUUUGAUUAAUUUAUUGACACAUAUUUUGAUACAUUUUUAUUCCAUUUUUAUUCCAUUUGUAUAUACAGAAAAUAUUAAAAAAUUGUUCUGUAUAUAUUUUUUUCAUUAUGAAACAACUACUUAAGACGAAAUAUAUAUCUUAAAAGGUUCUAAUUUUUGUUAAGAUUGAACUGAGUAAAGCUUUGAAAUAUAGUCCAUAAAAAUGUAUAGCUUUUUUAUAAUAAAAGGGCUAUGUCAACUGAUAUAUUAAUGUGCGCUUUUUACAGACGCCACGAAAAUAGUUUGUACAAAGUAGUGGUGUAAUUAAGGAAGAAAAGAUCAUUGAAAUUAAAGCCACGAUAACUCAAAAUAUAAAAUUAACUCGUUUGUUUUAAAAUUAAUUUUAUCCGCAGGGCGAAAUGUUGCUUUAAAACAGCCAACAACUCAAACAUCAAAUUACUCUGACUCAAUGUACCAUGCAAGCAACGCUGUAGAUGGUAAUAGUAGUUGGGAUAACGGCGGCUUUUGCACACAUACUAAUAGCGAGUCAGCUCCGACGUGGACGCUAUCUUUUAAAUCACUUGUUACAGUGUCAAGUUACACAAUCUACAACCGAGUUCAAAGUAAGUAG